CACUUGUAAGAAUACAUUCUCUGUUCUGUUAUUUCCCUCUGCUUGCUCUAACAACAACAAACUAACCAAACUUUGGAGUAAUACCCACGAUUUAUAAUUUAUAACGUACAAUUAGUAAUUAAUAAUAUAAACUAGUGUGUAAAUAGCUUUAAUAAUCAAAGUAUUGUUAUACUGAAACUAAAAUAUAAUUUAUAUUUAAUAUAUUUCAGUGUUGCGGAAAAUAUAACGAGUAUUAAAAUUUAAGUGCGGUGUUAUAGAGAUUUAAUGAUUAAUAUUUAACGGAUAAUUACUACAAUGGACGAUGUAUCAGUUUCGAAGGGAGUUUUUGCUCACCAGGGAAGUUACAAAAUCGGCAGGAAUCGCAUGAAGCCAAAAUCAAUAUCAAAUUGUAAAAUUUCAGAGCCUUGGUAUCUAGCGUACGAACAAGUUUGGUCGACAAUUAAAAAUUGCGCUGAGAAAAUAAACACCGACAUGUUCAAACAAAUAUUGACUGACAUAAAGGAGUACAUCAGCGAUAUCAAGGAAAACAAUAGAAGUGAUUUUUUGAACGAAAUUCCCACCGCUAUAUUGUUAACAGGCAUCAACCUUCCGGAUCAUGAGGAGUUAUUUCGUAAAUUGGCGUUACAAAUAUCUGGCAUCACCAAUUAUAUUGCCGUUGUCCAGUCCAGGGACUCGGGAAGCAUAAAAUCGUUGACGGAGGAUAUGGUUUUUCAGUUAAUAAAUGGAUCCGAUGAGGUCCCGAGUGUCAAAAAAAGCCAGUGUACUUUGAGAGUAUUAGAAGCUUGGUACAAAGAACAAUGUACGGACACUCCGCUGGUUAUUGUAAUCCCGGAUUUCGAAAGUUUUAAUCCGAUUAUACUACAUGACUUUAUAUUGGUGUUGAGCUCAUAUAGGCGAACAAUUAAAUUCGUACUAAUUUUCGGAGUUGCAACAACUCUCCACGCAGUUCACAGAUCAUUACCAUACGACGCGACGUCCAAACUUCGAGUUCAGGUUUUUUACACCCAAACGCAAGUUAAAAGUUUGUCGGACAUUUUGGAGGGCACUGUCUUCUCCGGAAAAACCCCUUUUAUGCUAACAGGACGCGCGUUUCAAUUAUUGACGGAUAUUUUUCUGUUUUAUGAUUUUUCCGUCGACUCUUUUUUGCAAGGCUACAAGUUAUGUAUGUUCCAACACUUUUUCGGCAACAACCUGACCUCAUUGUGCUGCAGCCGUAAAACUAUCGAUCAAGCGAUUGGAAAAUUAUCAACCGAAGAUUUAGAUGACAUCAGAAGCUUGCCCUCAGUCGUAAAAUACACGGAGAAUCAUAAAAUAAAAGGAAAAGACGACAUGGACGACGAAAGCUUAAAAUGGCUGGUUGGAAAGUUUCUACAACAAUUUCACGACUCUACCACUGGAUUUUUUAUUAUUCUCAAGUGCUUGCAUUAUUUGGUUUCUUCUCUUCCCGGAUCGCCGCUGGGUAAACAGCUACGUGAAAUAUAUGCAACAGCAGUGACAUGUGAUUUAACAGAAACUCAAGAAUACAAAGAAUGUAUAAAACUACUAAAUUUUCUUUCGAAAUCCGAAUUAGUAACAAAAUUAGAGAAGAUAAUCAAAAUAAUAGAAGAUAACAACACCGAAGAAAUAAAUUUCAAUGGAGUUAUAGAAAAUUUAAAAAUUCAUUUAGAAAAAAUAAAAGAAGCCAGUUUGGAAAUUUCAUUAGAAGUCACUCCAGUUGCAACUCCGACUUUGAAAAUAAGUCGGACUUCAUUUAGAGAAAAUUUAUUGAAUAAAGCGCAAAAGUCUUCAAAGUCUGAAUUUAAACAAGCGCAAUUGAAUUUGAUGAAUUAUUUAAAUGAUGAUCUGUUUAUGGAGUAUUUAAAAAAUCCAAACCGUUUGCCCUGCAGUGAAAUAUUUUGCUUCAGCGACGCAAAUGCCGGGAAACAUCAUUUACGAGGUUCAUUGCGGGCGGUUAUUCACACGGGAUUGAAUUAUCCAUCGAUUUAUUUAAAUUGCGGCUGCUGCAAAUUCGAAACCGAGCAAACGAUCCUACCGACGUUACCCGACCUCAGCAUUAUUUACAAGCUGCAUUUGGAGUCAAGGAAAUUGAUCAAUAUGUAUGAUUGGUUACAAGCAUUUUUAAUGGUCGUGAAUCCUAACCACGAAUCAGAACAAACAGAAGUGGAUCCAGAAAUACAAGCGCGUUUCACUCGAGCCGUUGCCGAGCUCCAGUUUCUCGGCUUCAUAAAAACGUCUCGGAAGAAAACAGACCACGUAAAACGACUCACAUGAGUAUGAAACUAUCUUACUAUACUAUUCUAAUCUUCAGAUAUUUUUUGUAACUUUUUUAUAAAACCCAUUGAAAUAAA